AUGUAUUUGUGCAAGAUUGGUGUGGACCUCGGUUUUCUGGUCGACGGGUCAGGAAGCAUCGAAUACCAAGGAAAAGGAAACUUUGGUCGCAUGCUUAACUUCAUCAAGUCUGUCAUAAGCUUCUUCCAGGUAUCACGAGGAAAAUCCCGAAUCGGCUUCGUGUUGUUCUCGUCUCGACCGAUUCCAAUCUUCGGUCUUAAACGCUAUUCGUCGAGGGCAGACGUCCUUCGGGCGAUCGACCGCAUCCGUUAUCCCAGAGGAGGCACGAAGAUUGGAAAAGCUUUGGAUUUCGCUCGGAAUUACCUCUUUCGAGGGCGGAAUCCCCGUGGAAGGAAGCGAGUGUUGGUGCUGCUCACUGAUGGCAUUUCACAGGACCGGGUCGGCCAACCUGCAAGCCGUAUGAAAGCUACUGGUGCUGAAGUGUUCGCGAUAGGUCUUGGAAAGAAGUAUCGACGCAGACAGUUGCUGCAGAUGGCAACAGACCAAAACCACGUCUUAACUGUGUCAUUCAGCUUACUAAUGUCCAUCAUACUGAAGCUGAAGAAUCAAGUGUGUCAGCCAAGGAAAAUUUGUGAGUAGAUAGUUUGUUUUUACAAUUUGUAUCUGUUGAAAACAAAUGUCUGUCAUAAAAGCCUUUCUAUCGCAGCCUCUGUAACCGACAGCAAGCUCAAGUAAAGUCGUUUGCAGCAAUUCCAUCUGACUGGCUGCGAAGAAAUCUUCGGGUCGAUUCCUAAGACUUCGUUACAGGAGUUGUUUUGAUCAGGUUAAAAGGCCACUCAAAACAAUAAAGCAUUUGGCCAUUAAAGCAAAGAUUGCUAUUUGUGCUUUUACGCUCAAACUAACCAGAACUUUUCAUUGUAUUUUCAGGGCCUACAAUUGGUCCAAUAUCGACACCAAGAGGUAACAUACCCCUCUUAAUUAUAUUGUAUAAUCAUUUUAGCUCUCUCGUUUACUUUGCAAGGGGACAUGUGCCAUUCUAUCGGUGUUAACCCCUCCCCGACUGCUGCUUUAAAAUGUUAGAACUUGUAUCAUUCUAUAUACCUUGUUGGUACUAAUUUUCGCGUCGCUUUAAUUUCGCGAUUUAAAAAAAAUCGCGAACUUAAAGCUACGCGAAAAAAAAAUUCCCGCUAACUUUAAUGUCGCAAAAUUUAAUACCCUCCUUUAUUACUUGUUUUCUCAAUUUAAUGAAGAAACACAUGUUUACGUAUUGUGUAUAAUGUGUAAAAGCUCGAUGGCAUGCCUACAGAUGAUAAACAAUAGUUUAACAGUCAAAUUUCACUAUCUGUGUUGCUUUGAACCUCUUCAUCUGUAUCUCUAUUGUUAUCUUCAAGUUUUUUCAGCACCUCUUUUGUACAGUCAUCGAAAUGGCCAUCUAUCCCGGGCUCUUUGUCAUUUGAAACGACAAUCUGUUUAUACUUUUCAAGUAUUGCCUUGUUCCUUUCGGUAAGAUCCAUUGCAGCUGUAACUUGUUCAGGAAUUUCCAAUCCUCCUUGCACUGGGGGAGAUCUUCAAGAGGCCCAAGAACUUUAUGCCAAUGGUACAUAUAGCUCUAGUCUAAUUCACGGCUACAAUAUAAAAAUGUAUUAUACAACUGCAACGAACGUUAAGCAUAAGCAUAAUGUCUUUGGCUUUGCCUAUGGUACACGAUGCGGUUUCUAUAGUUGGUUUUGUUAUGAGUUGAUGAUCUCGGGCCCUCACCUUUGCAAGAGCUUAACAAAUAAUAAUUCGUUAAUAUUGUAUAUCAUAUUAGUUUUAAUCAAUAAAUCGGCCAUUCUGCGUGGCCAAAAU